CUCUGGCCAUGGCGGGUGAGGACCACCCAUGGCAGGGCAGCAUCCUCUACAAUCUACUGAUGAGUGCGAAGCAGAAGCAAGAGGCUCCGAAAGAGCCCAGGGUGCGCUUGGGGCCUCAGUGCUGGGGUUGCCCCUGUGGUGCUCAGCCCUUCGUGGGCGCGGAGGGUGUGCCAGGCAGGCAAGCCUCGUCCCUCCUGUACCGCUGCUGCUUUUGCGGGGAGAACCACCCGCGCCAGGGCAGCAUCCUCUACUCUAUGCUCACCAGCGCCAAGCAGCCAAGCACGGUGGUAGCCCAGGCACCCAAGGCUCCCUGCUGGGGCUGUGCCUGUGGCAAUGCUGAGCCCCUGGUGGGCAGAGAGGGGCCGCCAGCUGGCCGGGCCCCCUCGCUCUUGUACCGGUGCUGUUUCUGCGGAGAAGAGCACCCGAGGCAGGGCAGCAUCUUGUACAGCUUGCUCACUAGCGCCAAGCAGACGCACGUGUCUCCGGAAGCACCGGAGGCACGUCGCGGAGGCGAGUGGUGGCAGCUGUCCUACUGUAUGCAGAGUGUGGGUGGCCCAGAGGGGCUGCAGAGCUCACAGGCCAUGGCGUUCCUGUACCGCAGCUAUGUGUGCGGUGAAGAGCAGCCCCAGCAGAGCAGCGUUGCCUCUGGCCCGCCCGGGAGCGCGGAUCAAACGCCUGGGGCUCCGGAAGAGCAGCCUAUGGCCCUCUGGUGGGAUGCCUCUUCUGGUGAGCAGCGUCCGGUGGCACUCAAAGAUCCACAGGUGGUAUGCGAGGCAGCCUCCGCUGGCCUGCUGAAGACGCUGCGCUUCGUCAAGUAUUUGCCCUGCUUUCAGAUCCUACCCCUGGAUCAGCAGCUGGUGCUGGUGCGAAGCUGUUGGGCGCCCCUACUCAUGCUUGAGUUGGCCCAAGAUCACCUGCACUUCGAGAUGAUGGAGGUCACUGAGCCUAGUGGGAUGCAGGAGAUGCUCACCACCAGGAGGCAGGAGAUGGAGGGCCCAGAGCCCGCAGAUCCCCCAGCCACAGAGCAGACACAGAUGGUGUCCGCGGAAGCUGGGCGCCUGCCCUCUGCUGCCGCGAUCCAGGCCAUCAAGAGUUUCUUUAUGAAGUGCUGGAGUCUAAACAUUGACACCAAAGAGUAUGCCUAUCUGAAGGGGACCGUGCUCUUUAACCCAGACCUGCCUGGGCUGCAGUGCGUGAAAUACAUCCAGGGCCUUCAGUGGAGAACUCAGCAGAUUCUCACUGAGCAUAUCAGGAUGAUGCAGAGAGAGUACCAGCUCAGAUCUGCUGAAUUGAAUAGUGCUCUUGUCCUGCUGAGAUUCAUCAACACCGAUGUUAUCACUGAACUCUUCUUCAGGCCCAUCAUUGGUGCAGUCAGCAUGGAUGAUAUGAUGCUGGAAAUGCUCUGUGCAAAGCUGUGAAGGCAUGUGGCCACUCAAGUGCAUUUUACCAUAGAAGAAGGAGAAAGUAUUAGCUGUAGACAGAAGAGUGCUAAAUAUUGUGAAAACAAACUUUCUUGUAUUUUUACAUGCAUAGUAUAUUUGUAUUCAAUUGAAGAAAUACUUUAGUUACAGAUAAUGCAAAAACCCCUAUGCUCCAUACUGGCUCCUUGUAUUGCAUUUGCUAACAAAUAAUGUAUUUCAUAUAUCUUUAAUUACAUGGAACUAUGCUAACAAACUAAUUUCACAAAUAUAACUUCUUUUUC